ACAUUGUAAAUAGUGAAGAAGUUCUCAUACAUCUUGUGAAAUGGAGGAGAAACCUGAUUUGCAGAGAAAAAUAGUGAAGGCAUUGAAUGAAGAAAUAGGCAAUGAUCUAAAGCAGCUCCACAAACUCAAAGAGCUUUAUGAUGAAACCAAAGCUGUUCAAGACAACCUGAGAGAAAAGCUAUCCCUGGUAAGCACAGAAGCCCCGACAAAGGUGCAAAACACCCUAAGGGAGGUUGAAGAUCUAUCUCAGAAACUGGUGAUUCUUGAAGAUCAAUAUUCAAAUUUAAAAGUCCAAGCUAAAUCACAUUUAACAAGUGUAGACACAUUUCUGAGCAAUUUUGACAGUCAAUUACAAGACAUUGAAAGGCUUGAGUUGGAAUUUGCUUAUUUAAAAUGUGUCAAGACUGUUGAAGAUCUAAGUGAGAAGUUACAGCACAGCCUACAGUCUAAUCAAGAUAUAGAAGCUGUUGAGCUCUACAAUAAGCUUGUUCAACAUAACUGUAUGUUAGAACAAUCCCAAUGUGACAAUCUCAAAAAGUUUGCUAAUGACACAGUUAUUUUCUGGUUCGAAUUGCUCAAGGAAAAACUGAGAAAGGAGAUGCAAGAUACUCUUAAACUGAUACAGUGGCCUUUGAUUUCAACAAAUCAAGAAGUUCUGAAAACAAUGCCGCCAAAUGAUGUUAUGGGCAAGUUCCAGUUAUAUUUUCAAUGCCUUGAAAAAAUAAAACUUCCCCCAAAACAGUUGGAAGACUCAUCAAAUUUCGGAGACCAUGUGAUUUUGUCGAGGUUUACUUCGAAUAGCCUAGCCCUCCAGGAAUUGAUAUAUCCUCUCCUGAAAAGAUUUUUGUAUCAUUUUGGAGGCAAUCGACCCACAAACCGCCGCGACAAGCCCGAAUGGUACAUGCGCCAGAUUCUCCAAUGGAUAGGAGACCACGCCGAAUUCAUUGAAACAAAUGUUCAGCCAUUAUACGAACCUAGCAAUGCACUUACAGACUUUUCACGAGGACUCGUCCAACUUGCUGUCGAAAAACUCCUAAAGGACACUCCCGUCAUUCUUGAGGAUGAUACUAUUUUGGCACACACUAUUGGUGAGGUGCUAAGCUUCGAAAGUGAACUGCGGACCUCUUUUUCCUAUCCAUCAUCACAGCCAUCAGCGUUACUCGUCCUCACUCAGCCACAGUUUUUUGCCCGAUGGAUUGCCUUGGAAAGGGCGUUCGCAGUCGAAAAAAUGGACGUCCUUUUGAUUUCGGAUACAGCCUGGACCUGCGUCUCUGUUGAAGAUAGUUCGGAAGCGGAGGACGAUGUUCGAUUAACCGAGUGUGGAGAAGGAUUUCUUCAAAUGUUGUUGGCCAUUACAGACCGUUACAAGAUCUUACCCCAACCCGGCCACAAGUUACAGUUCUUGGAUUUACAGCUUGAGUUACUGGAUGAAUUCCGUAUCCGGCUGUUACAGCUAGCCGGUCAAUCUAAAUUUCAUGAACUAUUCGCUAAUCGAUCGUCACCCAACAUCAGCCCGUUUCUUAACACACUAACUGCGGUUAUCAAUGUUUUAGAUGACUGGGCAGACUUACCGUUUUUCGUUCAGUUGCAUAGCUACAAAGUUCAGAUGGAAAACGUUGAACGUUUGGCUGCAGAGGCUGUCAGCAACGAUGAGUCCUCACUUCCUUGGCUUCGCACACAAGCACAAACCACUAAAGAAGAAGAAGGCUCCGUAUUCGACAGCAUAAUUGAGCUUCUGAAAAGAAUGCAGGAGGACUUGCUUCGACGGUUAGUGGAAGCCGUGAUGCUUGAAGUGAAGGCGAAAUCACAACCCUACAGGCUUGAUAAGUGGGGAUCUCUUCCCAGUCCUGAUGAAUUCAUUCAGCUUAGCCUCUCGCCCACGGGAUCAUCUAUGCUCCAAGCUGUAGCCAUUGGCUUGUUGUGGCUUAAGGAUUCCUUGGCGUCUACAAUGUUCGUCGAAGCGUGGCAGAAAUUAGCUGCCCAAGUUAACGAAUUUCUGCUGGAAGAGCUAAUCUUCCAGAGGCAGUUCAACGAUGGAGGGGCUGCCCAGCUGAGCUUUGAUGUCCAACAGAAUUUGAUACCGCUCUUUGGCCAGUAUACAACAAAACCAGAGAAUUACUUUAAGGAACUCAAAGAUGCGUGUACAUUGCUGCGCCUUCAACGGCCUAUCACGUUACUGCUACUGGAAACCCUCGCCAUUGCCGUCCAGGAUAGCGAAAAUACUCUCGUUAGAUCGAAUCGGGCAACAUUUAACGGCAAGCAAGCAUUAAAAGAACAAGGAAUUAAAAAGCUAUCCGUUGAAGAUGCUCUAAGUGUUCUGCGUCGGAGAAUUUUAUGAGGGGGGUGUUUACAAAGAGAUGUUUAAUACAAGUC